CGUGACUUCCGGUACUUUACAUCUUCCGCCAUAGAGGAAAGCGGCGUUUUUAAUAGAAAGGUGUAUGUGGACAACAAGUCCGGUUAUCUUGUAGUUCGCAUACAGGAGAUGAGGAAAUUGUUAUUUUUUUUAACUUAAUCGGAUGACUUGCGAAAAGUUCUCCAAAUCGGAUUUCUCCAGUUCAAACCCUUCCAUAUAUCUUGUUUGGACAGUUUUGGUAUGGACGGUGGACCUACGCUUUGUUUGUAAUUCUUAUAUUAACGGCAUCAGCAUGGUUGAAAAUUCGCCAGCCCCAUUGCCUGAAAGAGCUAUAUAUGGUUUUGUUCUUUACUUGGGCUCCCAAUUUGCCUUUAUUCUGUAUAUUGUGUGGGCCUACAUACCUGAAUCCUGGCUGUUCUCGUUGGGCUUAACAUACUGGCCUCAAAAAUUCUGGGCUGCUGCAUUGCCUGUGUAUCUUUUAGUUGCUGUGGGAAUAGGCUAUGUACUCCUCUUUGGUAUUAACAUGAUCAGUACAGCUCCACUGAAUUCUACAGAAACUAUUACAGAUCAUUAUGCAAAAAAUCAAAAACAGAAAAUACCACAAGAAGAAGCAAUUCCUGCAUUAAGAGAUAUUCCUAUUAAUGAAGUAAAUAAAUUUUUUUUUCUUAAUAGCAAAGAGAAUUAAUCUAGAAGCUCAUGUCAGAAAGUAUGAAACACAAUAUAGAAAUAUUGACAACAGGGUGCCUAAACACUUGACUUCAGACAGCUUACAUAAAUUAGCCCUAAAAUAUAACUGUAAUAGUUAAACAGCAUUUUAAGGAUUAGGUGGAGCCUCUUGGGGCAUUGUAUUUCCAAAACUUUUAUUCAUUCAUCCUUAGUCUAUGUUGCUUUUUUCUUAUACAUUGCAGAUAAAGUUUUCAUUUGUUCUCUCCUACAGCUGAUAACUGUAUUCUAAAUUAUUUGAGAAAAGUAAUUACCCCUGUGAAGUUCUGUUGACAAAUCCUGUUAUGUAUUUCUCUCUCUAUGUCAAUAUAGGUAGUAUAUUUACAUGACAGUGAAUUGAGCCACUUCUCAGUUGUGUUCUGUUUUGUAUAUUAACUAGACUAUGUAUUAUUUAAGGAUAUGUUCCAAGAGCUAAUACAUAAAACUACCAAAUGUGGUGGCUGUUUCUUUUAACAAGGUAUACCAUGUAAAAUUAUGAUCAUGUUUAUAAAGCAGCUUAGAUAAGUGCAUAAUAGAAAAGUUAUGCUGGAUCUGGCCCAGAAUCAUUACCCUUAGACAUUUAGAUGUGAUUUUUCUUCCAUGUGCAUAGAAACAUUAGCAGCUAAAGUAAACAAGAUUCAGAUUUUUAAAUUUAUAGAUACUGAAUGUAUUCCAAUGUGAAAGUAAUACUAUAAAUAAUUUCAAUUGAAAUGCAGACCUAAGUCUUGAAUACAAUUAUUUCAUAACUAGUCAUAAUAUUUAUAUGCAUGCUACAUAUAAAUAUUUUCCUUACUCACUGUAUACAUUUAUUCGAGUUUUAUUCUUCAGUCAUGGUUAAAAUAAAUUCUGGCAUGUCACAAGAAAUUGUAGAUCAUUGCAGUGAAUUGGUAUAUAUACUUUAAGCAAAAAAGUUUGGAACACUGAUUCUUAUUUCCUUUUAGCUUUGUAUAUUGGUAUAUAAAUAAUAGACAGCAUAAUUCUGUUUACAAUUCUGUGUGGGUCUACACAGAUGAAUUAUAUUCCUAGAUAAAUGGUUCUAGAAUUACAAUCUUAACACCUAAGGGAACAUAAAAGAGUGAGAAAAAAAAUGGAGUUAUAAUACCCUACCCAAGGUAAGAAAAGGUAAAGGUUACCAUAGCACAUAUGUGCUAGUCAUUCCCAAUUCUAGUGGGCAGUGCUCAUCUCCAUUUCAA